AUGAAGUUGUCAUUGGGUACACUACUCCUCGGAGCCGGCUCGGUGCUUUCUGCGCCUGCGCAGCGAUCUGAGGUGGACGAUAGACACACCCUCUGGCUCGCUGGCGACAGUACCAUGGCCCCGGAUGGUGGACAUAAUGGCACCCAGGGUUGGGGCGAAUAUCUGCACUAUUCUCUGGACACAUCAAAGAUUCGGGUCAACAACUCCGCCUAUGCUGGCAGGAGUGCACGCACCUUUACAAGGGAGGGCCGGUUCCAGCGCAUAAUCGACGAGGUCAAACCUGGCGACUGGGUAGUCAUUGAGUUUGGACACAACGACGGUCCGGGAAACCCCAUCAACGACACCGUGAAAAACAGAGUCGACUGUCCUGGCAUCGGCAACAACACGUGCCCGGUGACUUUCAAUGGUCAACCCGAAAUCGUCCAAACAUACACCACCUACCUCCGCAAUGCGUCCUCGAUCUUCCUCUCACUUGGCGCUAAGGUCGUGAUCUCCACCUCGACCCCAAUUAACCCGUACCAAACCGGGGCGUUCUCCUGGAAGCCGACCAUCUACUCGUGGUACUCGUGGUACGUCGUUGAGUCCCUCGGCGGUCCCGCGGCCGGCAUCUACUACGUCCCGCACGGCAACUACAGCGCCCAGGCGCUUGACGUCCAGGGUCCCGAAGCUGCCGCUGAAGGGUACCCGAUGGACUCCGUGCACAUGUCGCCGAAGCUCGCCGACUCAUUUGCCGGCGCUUUCGUUCUGGGGCUAAAAUGCGGGACAUCGCCGUUGCAGCAGUAUGUUGUUAAUGCCACGUCGAGACUGGAAGGAAGUAGGUUAGGCACAUGUCUCCAGGUCAACGCGACGCUACCUAUCUGA